CAAGGCCAAUAAAGACUCGGUUCAAAACAUUUUUAUCUGCAAAUAAGUUUGUAGCUUGAUCAUGAAAACCUUUUCUAAAGAUGAAAUUUCUGUUCCAUCUCCUCAAACUUCAAACUGCACAUCAACUAGUGACCAUUCUAAUAAAGAUGAUCAAGAAAUGGGCUCUAAUGCAAUGUCGGAUGAGGGAGAGGUCUCGAACAACUCAGCCUUCUUCUGUUUCCCAUUCCACAUGGAUCUAAAUCUUGUUCGCGUGGUUUUUGCAGAGAUGGUGGGGACUUUUAUGUUGAUGUUCUGCGUAUGUGGGAUCAUAGCAAGCACACAGCUGAUGAGAGGGGAAGUUGGUCUUAUGGAGUAUGCAGCCACAGCAGGUUUAACUGUAGUAGUUGUUAUUUUCUCCAUAGGGUCAAUUUCUGGUGCUCAUGUCAACCCAGCUGUCACAGUAGCAUUUGCAACCUUAGGUCAUUUUCCAUGGUGCAGGGUUCCUGUUUACAUAUUGGCUCAAACAAUGGGUUCUGUUCUUGCAACGUACAUUGGGAGGCUUGUCUAUGGCAUAAAACCAGAUCUCAUGACCACCAGACCACUUCAAAGCUCUGCCUCUGCCUUCUGGGUUGAGCUUAUUGCAACUUUCAUGAUUAUGUUCCUAGCUGCUUCAUUGACACAUCAAGCUCAUGCUGUUGGCUAUUUGUCUGGAUUUGUAGUUGGCAUUGCCAUUGGACUUUCUGUGCUCAUCACAGGGCCUGUUUCAGGAGGGUCAAUGAACCCAGCAAGGUCACUGGGGCCUGCAAUUGUUGCUUGGAACUUCAAAGACCUAUGGAUAUAUAUUUGUGGCCCAACAAUUGGAGCUGUUGCAGGUGCUCGCCUAUUUCAAAUUCUACGCCUUCAAUUGCAGCCCUGCAGUCCCAGCAACACUUCCUCUCCCAAUAUCCUUCUGCUAGGCCAACCCUUGGCCUAUGAAGCAACUUAGGCUGUUUUUCUGCACAAGAAUGAUGCUUUAUUGAAUUGGAAAUUUGUCGACUCGAUUGCAACAAUAACUGAGAGAAGACAUCAGCUGCAACUGAGAUUUGCAAAAAAGCAGAACUGCUACUAGUGAAAACAAAAUUGAUGAUGCGGUAGAAUAAUUGGUGGUAGUUUCUUACUUUACCAACUUUCUUUGAAUUGGUAAAAGGUGGAGAUGUCAUCACUUCUUUGUUGCAAAGGAUGAGAGUGAAUAAAAAUGAAGUUUGAUGUCUAACAAGUUUUUGAGAUCACCAUAUUGUUCUUUCUUGCUGGCCCUUG